GAAUUUGGCUGACCUGCCAAUCAAUCAGUUGACCAACUGCUGUGAUAAUGCACUGACUGGAUGAAUGUGAUGUGCAUUCAGACUAGCUUAGAGGAGGAGCGUUUUGCCUUCCUGGCAGAGUGGUAUGACCCCAGUGCUGCUCUCCUGCGCCGCUACCAGCUGCUGUUCUACCCCAAAGAUGGCUCUGUGGAGAUGUUUGAUGUGAAGAACCAGCGUACCUUCCUGAGGCGGACCAAAUACGAUGAGCUUCACCAGGAGGACCUGUUUGUUGGAAACCGUGUGAACGUGUUCUCCCGUCAACUCGACCUGAUUGGAUAUGGAGACCAGUAUACAGGAAACAAGCUCGGCAGCAAGAAAGAGAGAACUCUUGCUAUGAUAAAACCAGAUGCAGUCAACAAGAUGGGAGACAUUCUACAGAUGAUCAAUGACGCCAACCUGAUCCUAACCAAAGCCAAAAUGACAAAGCUGACAUGGAAGCAGGCGGCAGACUUUUACACUGAACAUCAGACAAAGUCUUUCUUCAACAACCUGGUGCAGUUUAUGACCUCUGGCCCCGUGGUUGCCAUGGAGCUGAUGGGUGACGAGGCAGUGUCAGUGUGGAGAAGGAUUCUAGGCCCCACUGACUCGGGCGUAGCACGGAAAGAGGCCCCACCAAGCCUGAGAGCUCAGUUUGGCACAGAUGGCACCAGAAACGCUGGACAUGGGUCUGACUCACUGGCUUCAGCAGCAAGAGAGCUGGAGUUUUUCUUCCCAUCCACAGCGGGCCAUGGUCCCGCUAACACGGCCAAUUGCACAGACUGUGCCUGUUGCGUCAUCAAACCUCACGCUAUAUCAGAAGCCCUGACAGGAAAGAUCCUCCACUCCAUCUCAGCAGCAGGUUUUGAGAUCUCAGCCCUGCAGAUGCAGAGGGGUUGA